GCCGUACCCCGGAACCGGAACCAGCGCAGCGCAAGAGCAACCUGAAGGUGACGCAACGGGGUCAACCGACCCGUCUGUCGAGCGGUGAUCUUCGUUCGCAGCCACCGAUGGUCCCGGAGCGGAAGGCGAUGGGUGGUAGCCCACAGGUCGAAUCGUUCGGUAACGAAGUGUACGAUGCCGACUGUCUGCGGCUGAUCAACGAGUACUUUUACGGUGUGCGCAUCUUCCCGGGUCAGGAUCCGACGCAUGUGUACGUGGGCUGGGUCACGACGCAGUAUCACGUCCACAGCAAGGAGUUUGGCCAGAACAAGGUGCGCCACGCGGCGAUCUACGUUGAGGAUGAGAACGAAAAGACGGUGGAGAUUGUCAAUCGGCAGUCCUGCUAUAUGGUGCGUGCCGAUGAGCUGUUCAACGAAGUGACACAAGAUUCGUCCGGUAAGGGAGCGUCGCAGGGUAUGUUUGUUGGUUGCUUUGUCGAUACGGCCACCGGAACGAUCCGGUUUACGUGCGAGGGUAAGGAAACGUCGCACGUGUUCCUGAUGGAACCGGACACGAAGCUGUUCCCGGCGAUCUUUGUCGAGGCGACGAGUAAGGAGAUUUUGCAGAUUGAGCUCGGUCGUACACCGACCACACUGCCACUGUCGGCGGCCGUGUUGCCGACGAGUGAUAAGCAUAUCAACCCGCAGUUCCCACCGAGACUGAAGGUGCAGUGUUUGAAGCCACACCAGUGGGCACGGGUACCGAAUACGGCGCUGCAGGUGCAUGCCCUGAAGCUUUCUGACAUUCGGGGUUGGUCGAUGCUGUGUGAGGAUCCGGUGUCGAUGCUGGCACUGCACAUCCCCGAGGAGGAUCGCUGUAUCGAUAUUCUGGAGUUGAUCGAGAUCGAUCGGUUGUUGCAGUUCCAUGCGCACACGCUUACGCUGUAUUCGGCGCUCUGCUAUCAAUCGAACUAUCGGGCGGCCCACGCGCUGUGCUCGCAUGUCGAUCAGAAGCAGCUGCUGUACGCGAUCCAGUCGGAGUACAUGAGUGGACCGUUGCGGCUUGGUUUUUACGAUCUGCUCAUUUCACUGCAUCUCGAGUCGCAUGCUACCACUAUGGAGGUAUGCAAGAAUGAGUACAUCAUUCCGCUCGGUGCGGAUCUGAAGGAGCUGUACCAUGAUCCGGAAAUGUGUCACUCGCUCCGUUCGCUGCAGACACUGUCCGUGCGGCCGGAGAUGAACAUGACCGAGAUUGCACCCACACCCUCACAAUCGAAUAUGCCGACAAUAGUAGCACCAGAUUCUUCCAGUGAACCCAUACCGGCAAUUGACUCGUUAUAUUCGCCAAGAUUCCCACUCGAGGUGGUGAGAGAGUUCGUCAUGAGUGCACUGCAGGAGGCAGUGCUGAUCAAUCAGGUCCACAAUCGUGACCCGAUCGGUGGCUCCAACGAGAAUCUGUUCCUUCCACUGAUCAAGCUGAUCGAUCGGCUGCUGCUCGUUGGUGUCAUCACUAACGAGGACGUCGAGAAGCUGCUGAUUAUGAUCGAUCCCGAGACGUGGGAUCCAACGUUCGUGAAGGAAGGUAAGGAUGAGCACCGGAAGGGUCUGCUGACGAUGAAGAUGGCGGAAGGAGCGAAGCUGCAGAUGUGCUACCUGUUGCACCAUCUGUACGAUGUGCAGCUGCGGCAUCGUGUCGAGAGUAUCAUUGCGUUUGCGCACAACUACGUUGGUGAUUUGCAGCAAGAUCAGUUGCGACGCUACAUCGAGAUUAAACAAUCGGAUCUACCGAGUGCCGUAGCCGCCAAGAAGACGCGCGAAUUCCGUUGUCCACCACGGGAACAGAUGAACGCCAUCCUCGGCUUCAAGAACCUCGAAGAGGAAGAUCUCGAGAAUGCCUCGUGUGGGGCCGAACUACGCGGCCGUUUGAUGGAGUUCCACGAGAAGCUGAUGGGUAAGGUGUCGCUGAAUGCGCUCCAGGAACCGGAAGAGCCGGAACCGGACGCCCUGAACGAGGGCCGCCCGGGAGCGAUCAAGAAGCUGUACAACUUCAUCAACGCCGUCAAAGAGCUGGAAGAGGAUCCAAAGGAACCGGUCGAGGAGGAAAAGAAAACACCGGAAGAAGUGUUCCGAAAGGUGCUGAUCAAGCAGCUCGUCUCGUGGGCCGAAGAAUCGCAGAUCGAAAAUCCGAAGCUGGUGCGCGAGAUGUUUAGCUUGCUGGUCCGUCAGUACGAUACGAUCGGUGAGCUGAUCAAGGCACUGAACAAAACGUACGUCAUCAACUCGAAGACGAAGAGUGAUGUGGCGAAUAUGUGGGUUGGUUUGAGCCAAAUCCGUGCCCUGUUACCGGUGCAGAUGAGCCAAGAGGAGGAAGAGUUGAUGCGCAAACGAUUGUGGAAGCUCGUGAACAACCAUACGUUCUUCCAGCAUCCGGAUCUGAUUCGAAUUCUGCGCGUGCACGAGAACGUUAUGGCGGUGAUGAUGAAUACGCUGGGACGGCGUGCUCAGGCCCAGAGCGAUGCUCC